UAAAAAUCUUCACAGGCUCUUUUCUGCUCUCUGUGGGAGUAGCUCUGUUGCAGGCGCCCAGAAAGUCCUCAGGAGCCGCAUCCCUGAAAGAGUCGAGACCGCCGGAUCCAAGUCUGUUGGGGAUCAGAACGGAUGUGGUGGUCAGGCGACGCCCACUGGAUCCCAGUCUGAGGUGGCACAUCUGGGUAGGUGCGUAGUGUGGAAAGAAAAUUGAUGGGUUAGGAUGGAAGGAUCGAUGACAGUGUCUUAGGCUUUAGGUAUGAGGAGGAUGUACAACUUUGUGUGUGUCUGUGUGUGCUGCUCUUCCUCACCACAUACUCAGGGGUUCAGCUGCAGGCCAUUUCAGUUGCAUUAAGGGAGGUGGCCUAGCGAAACUAGAGAGUGAGAAACCUGUGGUUGAGCCUGGAGUCCAUUGAGCUGCUUGAGGUGAAGGAGAGGGUGCAGGACUUUUGAGAAGGUGGUCCAAAGCUCUGAGAAGCACUUGCUAUUUGCAUAGAAAUGAUGAUAUGUAAUUGUAUUUGCAGUAUUAUAAGCUGCGCAAUUGCAAAACAUUUAGUAUGCAUAAGAUUUAGUAUGUACAACGCAUAUAUAUUUGCUAAUGAUGACAAUAGAAUUUGUAGUAUUAAACAAGGGAGCUAUGGUUUGAACAAAAGAGGCUUUGUGAUGCACUUUGAGUGAAAGAAAGGAAGGUACUGGCUGUGCAAACACAUUUUGACACAUGGUUUAUAUCAACAGAUGGUCAGGGUGACUUGAUAAUUAUGGGAAGGAAUAUCUAAGGGGGUAACCAAGGCAAUUGCGCAAUUGAUGCAAACACGUGCAGGAAGUCAAAUAGAGGCUCUGAUUGGGGCUCUUGAGAGACUGAGCAAUGAGUCAAAGUCUUGCGAGUGUCCUGGACAAAAACCAAGAUCCAGGCCUUAAAUGAUCUCUUGGACACAGCCAUCAGCUGUGUGUCUGUCGGCAGAGGGAAUGUUGACUGCAUUGAGAGGUUCAUUUAGCUUAGCAGUAACGUUCAUGUCUCUGGUGACUCUUCCUAUGAAGUCAGUAGACAGACUGGGAGAGCAUGGGGGCACAUUUUUCCAGCCCCCACAAAGGGAAAUUCAAUCUUAUACAAUUUAUAAGGUUGAGAUGGGCAGAAAUACAUCAAAAAGUAUCUAGUUAAAAAUGACAAAUACUUGAUCAUUAAAUAUAAUAAACUGCAAUAUACUGGUGUUGGAAAAUGUAUUUCAUUAAAAUAAAAGCAACCUAAAAAUACACGUAAAAAAGUAAUCAUACACGUCAAAUACAUGUACCAUUAUAACUCUAGUAAUGUGCAAUAUUUUCCUGGGCUGGGGCCCUGCUGGGAUGCAUUCUUCUAUUCCAAUCCAAAUCAGGAAAUGGAACUGGAGCUGAGACUACAACAAAAAAACAACUAUGGGGAACAGAACUGGAAUUGAAUUUGAAUUUCACGGAGAUUUAAAUUCCAACUCCAGUUCUAUUUCCUGAUUUGGAUUGGAAUUGAUACACCUUUAAUCUAUACCCAGUGUUUCCCACGGAAUUAAUGGCGGAGGCUGGUUGAGGUGUUCGCAUGAAUUUCCCGAUUCAUCUUACAGCAGGGUGCUGCACAUGCACAAACUCAAAUAAGAAACUGCUUUUUACAUAAACACUUAAAAAAAAAAAAAAAACACUGAACCCAGCAUAUAACAUACGAUGUCAAGUUCACCAGCUGGUUCUCCCUUUUACACAGGUUGUGGCUAUAAAAACACCAGUUUAGCUGACAGAAAUUAAUUUUGACCUUAGGAACAAAAGUAUCUAGCCUAACUUAUCGCUAAUGAAGGCUUCCAUACAUGACAAACCACAGGAUGCCGCUGCCUGAACAUGCCUGUUGAUAUGAACUAGAAAGCCACUAGCAGACUAGCAAAUUAAUUAGUUUCAGAGCGCAGCACUGCUGUUUGCUAAUCACUGUUUUUCUGUCCUAUAAUGAUACUCAGUGAGCGAUAUCUGAUAGUAUAUCUUACUUCAUAUUUACCUUAAGGCAGUUUGCACCAAAGCAGCUCCUUUCCUUGGAUUACUGAUCAAAGGAAAUCGAACUUCGCAACCAUUGUUCACAAAGAGCAAGCUGAGCCCAACAGGAUGUGCCACGUGAUUUACUUGCAUCUAGCCAAUGAUAGUGACAGGCUGUAUUUAAAGCCUGGGGAUGAAGGCUCUUAAAGUGACAAAUAAAUAGACAUUUUUUAUUAAAUAUGUUAAUUACAUAAAAUACAAUCUCUCAAAGUAUCUUGUUACAAAUUACAUCUGAUUUUUACCCUCGAGCAAAAAACAAAUUAUAAAAUACUCAAAAGUAGUUAAAUACAUAUUUGAAAUACAUUUAAUUGAAAUACUGCCCAGAACCACAGUGCUGGACAGGGACAGGCUGAGUAUUUGUGUUAACAGCAACAUCAGUACAGAGCUACUGAUCCAUGAAGAAAUUCCACAUGCGGUCACUCAAUGGGGAAAGAGUCAGCAGAGAUGUGCGAUCGCCAAGGCUGGCGUGCCCUUCAGGACGGAAAGAGCAGGACGGACCUUUCUCAGGAGGUAAAGGAGGCUAAAAUCAAGGCUAAAAACUAAUACUACAUCCAUGGACUCAAAUGAUACAGUAAACUUUAACCAAGCCAGCUCUGGUAAAUAAAUCUAGUAAAGUUUAAAAGGAAGAUUUACAUUUUACUGCUCAAGGACAUUGUGUCACAUGGAGUCAUAGAGGAGAGGUAAGGAGCUAAGGAAACAAAUGUUAAUUACAGAAGUGAAAUAAAUACAAAUAAAAUGAAAUGUAUUAUUAUUAUAUUAUAAAGGAUAACUAUAAGAAGCACAAUUGUUCAUGUUUCAGUUCACCGACCGGGACACACGCUCACCCGCAAUCGUCUUAUGGCAUGCUACUGCCACCAUGUGGCUCUGCUGGGGAAAUGCAACUAUCGUCGGUGCUAUCUUGCGCUGUUUUUUUUUUUUUUUAUAAUCAGCUUUUUACACAGUGCCAUGUCGUCGUGGGGUUCCCUCUGGGUACUCCAGUUUCCCCCCACAGUCCAAAAACAUGCUGAGGCUAAUUGGACUUGCUAAAUUGCCCAUAGGAAUGCAUGUGAGAGUGAAUGGUGUGUGAGUGUGCCCUGCGAUGGGCUGGCCCCCCAUCCUGGGUUGUUCCCUGCCUCGUGCCCAUUGCUUCCGGGAUAGGCUCCGGACCCCCCGCGACCCAAUCGGAUAAGCGGUUUGGAAAAUGGAUGGAUGGAUGGAUGGAAUCAGCUUUUAGUGGAACCGGUGAAACAAGAAAUUGCCAAUUGAUCAGACUGCACCUCGUCCCCCUAUCAGUGAAAUUUCUGUACGAUGUAGAUCGAUCCGCGAACAUCAAAUGGUUGGGAUACCCUAUCAUUUAUAAUUGUAAUGCUCCUAGUGCGUGAUUAGUGUUUUUUCAGUGUAGGAUGGAGUUUCCCCAAGUGUGCUGUGCAUUAGCAUUUGUUACUGCACUUGUUGCCUGUUCUCCUUGCACCGUUGUUAAUGGUUCCACACCUUGCCCCUCCCCAUAACCCAGUUCCCUAUUGUAUUUAAGUGCCGCCCCUGCUCCGCUUUUUACUCAGUCGUUGUGUUCUAGUUACUGUGAGACAGUACUUUGUGUGCUUAUGGUCACUGUUUGUUGUGAACUCUACUUGGUUUUCUAGUCCUGCGGUCUUUACUACGAAGCGGGGUUACUGGCUUAUCCGGGUAACUUGUCGGAUUCAAGGUACCACAGUUUAAAGGGACUUCAUUUCAUUCGUUCACUUAAAUUUGCCCAGACUACCUUAAAUCCGACAAGUUACCCGCGCCGAUAAGCCAGUAACCCCGCUUCGUAUUGCAGGCCACAGGUCCCUGUUUAGCCCAGUUGUUUUGUUGUGUUACUUGGUGGUUUCAUUAGUUCAUUCGUAUUUCUCCCAGUUUGUUUUUUUUAUCGUCGUGGUACUCGUUUAGUAUUUCACCCCAGUGUCUUUGAGAUGCGAGUGGACCGUCGCCUUUAUCCUGCCUGACCUAUGCCCGAAUCCUAAGCUGCAAGUAAAGUCUAUAUACUAGUCAUACUUUAAAGCCACAAACCGACCAUUUGAUGACACAACGAGAGUCACCAUCAGCGAAGGCGAAAGUCCGCCAAAGCGGCUUUGACCAAGAUCAGGAAAACGCGCAGAGGGACAGAACAAGCGAAAGCCCGAUGGCUGACAGAAAGGACCCUUGGUCGUGAUCGCCCACCUCAGGCAUAGUAUUUUCACAUGGAUGAAUCGGAGUAUAUGAGAAUAGUACGUAUGUAAUCCAAGCAACGCACAAUAAAAUCCCAGAAGAUAAACAUCUGUUUUACGCAUCUGGUGAGGCUGUAUUCUCGGGAUACCCUACCCAGGUCCAUAAAUCGGUCGAAGGUUGGAAAAUAUGUGGCCAUUUCAAAUCACGAGUCUCGAUGGAAUACGACUAGUCUUUAACGACGACCGUUUUUAUUGGCUUUAUCUUUUACGCAGCACGCCCACUGUAUUGCUUGUUUCAAUCAUCCACACCUUUGUGCGUCGUGCUGCAGUUUAUACAGACGCUUUAUUGGUGCUUUCGCGGAUUUCUGCGUGUCACAUCAGAGAGAGUGAGCAGAUUGUGAGGGAAAUUUACAAAUGCACUCGAAUAAACGUCUGACCUGUGCCGAGGAGAAAGAUCUGGAUCAGUUCUGAAGAACACGUAAAAUGUAUUUAGCCACUUUCUGAUGUAGCUUCUGAUUUGGAUCAUGAAGCCAUCACUAUGGCUACACUCUCCCCAUUGGGGGUUUAAUUUCACGAUUGUGACCUGCCUGCUGAUGAUGGUGUACUUCAUGCUGCCGAAAUCGUUUUUGCCCGUGCGGUUGGACCCUGCAGCCACGGUUACUGCGAAAACGUUGGUGUGGAAGGUGCAGAAGAAGCACUGGCCGGUGUGGGAUGAAAACGCCACGGAGAUCGGGGUGGAGAUGCGUCGUGCCAUACAGAAGUUUUGGAAAAUAAACAAGUUUGGCGUCCCGCCCAACAUCACCCACCGCAAUGUUACCGUGACCCAAAGCGACAUCAUGCAGGAACUGCGGACUCGGGUUCCCCUCCGGACGAUAGAGCCGGGAGACGGUCCGUUCUCUGGAAACGAGUGGCAGGAGUACUUACCUAGGCGGAGUUUGGAGCAGAGUCUGGGACCUCUGAAGACGUGUGCUGUGGUCAUGUCUUCUGGGUCCAUCGUGAACUCCGCGCUGGGAGCAGAAAUUGAUAAACACGACGCGGUGCUCCGGUUCAACGCGGCUCCCACCCAAAACUACAGCGCCGACGUGGGCAUCAGGACAAGUAUGCGCCUCGUGAACUCGCAGGUUCUGACUUCUAAUCACAAUGGAUUCCUGACAAAUCCCCUAUACAGCACAGGUGUCCUUAUCAUGUGGGACCCCUCUCCCUACUCCAAAGACCUCUAUGCAUGGUAUAAGAAUCCAGACUUUAACUUCUUCCGGACGUACCUGCAGUACAGAAAGCUUCACCCGGAGCAGCUGUUCUACAUCCUGAGUCCGAGCUUUCAGUGGAACCUGUGGGACAUCAUUCAGGAGAACUCCCCAGUGCCCAUUCAGCCCCACCCCCCGUCCUCUGGCAUGCUGGGCAUUGUGGUGAUGAUGAACCUCUGUGAGCAGAUCAGUGUGUACGAGUUCCUGCCGUCGCGCAGGAGAACCAGUCUCUGCCACUACUUUGAAAACAUUCAUAAUAAGCAGUGCACUAUGGGACACUACCACCCCAUAACCUUUGAGAAGAACCUCAUAAAGCGACUCAAUCAUGGGACUGAUUAUGACAUCUACUCGUCUGGGAAGGUGACACUGCGUGGAUUCUCACAACUGAACUCUUCCCCGGGUAUUUUACCCAUCAGACAGUUCUGUCUCCUGUGGGCAGUGAUGAUCUUGCUGAUUUUGAAAUAAAAUCCAUUGAUAGAC